AUGACUAAUGUAUUGAAAGAAAAUGGAGGUACUGGAACGCCUUUACUCGUAUUACCAACUGGUGAGCAACAGAUUCUUGUCGCUUGCCGUAUUCGACCAAUGACAGAAGAUGAAAUUCUUCAAGGUGGUACUAUUAUUGCUCAUAAAGUAGCUGAAGACAAUAUGGUUGUUUUACUUGAUCCAGAUGAAGAUCAUGAUGAUAUUUUACGUGCAAAUCGAUCACGCGAACGUAAAUAUAUGUUUGAUGUUGUAUCUGAUGCACGUGCUGGACAACAAGAUGUAUAUGCAUCAACAGCAAAAAUUCUUUUGGGUAGUGUUUUAGAAGGUUAUAAUGCAACUGUAUUUGCUUAUGGAGCAACAGGUGCUGGUAAAACUUAUACUAUGUUAGGAACAGAAAAUAAUCCUGGUAUUAUGUAUCGAACAUUACAUGAUUUAUUUGUUGAAAUAAAAAAAUUUGAAGGUCAACGAGAAUAUCAAGUAUCAAUGUCUUAUUUAGAAAUUUAUAAUGAAUUAAUACGUGAUUUACUUGCACCAUCAUCUUCAUUUCUUGAAUUACGUGAAGAUGCUAAAGGUACAAUACAAGUUGCUGGUCUUAGUGAACUUAUUACUAAAACACCUGAAGAAGUUAUGGAAAUGUUACAUAAAGGAAAUCGUGCACGUACACAAGAACCAACAAAAGCUAAUAAAACAUCAUCACGAUCACAUGCUGUGUUACAAGUUAAUAUUAAACAGCGUGAUGUUACUCGAUCACAUACGGAACAAGUUCGAUUUGCAAAACUUUAUAUGAUUGAUUUAGCUGGAUCGGAACGUGCAGCACAAACUCAAAAUACUGGUAGACGAAUGAUGGAAGGUGCUCAUAUUAAUCGUUCAUUACUUGCUUUGGGUAAUUGUAUCAAUGCUUUAAGUGAAAAAGGAAAUACAAAAUAUGUUAACUAUCGUGAUAGUAAAUUAACACGGAUAUUAAAAGAUUCUCUUGGAGGAAAUUCUCGUACAGUUAUGAUUGCACAUAUUUCACCUGCAUCAGUACAUUUUGAAGAAUCACGUAAUACACUUAAUUAUGCUGAUCGUGCAAAAUAUAUUAAAACAAAAAUACGUCGAAAUGUUAUUGAUGUAUCUUAUCAUAUAGCACAAUAUCAGCAAAUAAUACAAGAUUUACGUAGCCAAGUUCAAUUGUUACGUGAUCAAAAAGAUGAACUUGAAAUACGCUUAACAACAACAAAUGAAGCUCGAUUUAGUCGACUUAGUGAUAGUAAUACAACUGAACGUCUUCGUGUUGAAGAAGGUUUAAAAUUAAAAGAAAAUAUUCUUCAAACUUAUCGUAAACAAAUUGGUGCUCGACGAGCAUUAUUAGAAAUUGAUAGUGGUCUUAUGGAUGUAAUCCAUGAAUGUACACGUAAUGAAUCAGUUAUUGAACAUCAUGAAUCAAAUAAAGAAAAUAGUAAAAAAUCUCCUGAAGAAAUUACUGUUGAUACAAUAGUAUCAGAAAAUACAGCACAAAGAGCUCGUGCAGAAUUACGUGUACUUGAACAAGAACGAUCAAAAUUAGAAAAACAACGUAAAAUUCAAUUAAAAGACUUUGAAACAUCUAAAUCUGAUGCACGUCGUUUGCUUGAAAAAGUAACAAAAAAGAUGAAUACUCAAGAACAACGUGAAUUAUUAAAAUUAUUAUCACAAAAUUUUGAAUAUGAAAUGAAAACUAUUGAAUUACAAGCUGAUAUAUUUGCUCGUGAUUAUUCUAUUAAACAUAAAGAUUUACAAUUAUUACGUAUGUCACAACAUCGAAGUUUAUGUGAUACAUUAAUUUAUCAACAAAGACGACUUAUUCAAGAACAUCAAAUUUUGGUUCCAAUUGAUCUUGAAGAACUUUAUCAACUUUAUUCACGAGAUAUUGAUGAAGGUCAACUUAUUCAAGAUCUUAAAAAUCAUUCUCCACGUUCCGUAACAGGUAUUAAUGGUAAACCAUCAGCAUUACCAUUUCUAUCUCAAAUAGCUGAAGAAGAUUUAACAAGUGCAUCAACAUCCGUAACUAGUUUUCAUUUACCAAAUAAUGUUAAUCGACGUAAUAAUCAUCAAUUAUCAACAAUAAUUUCAAAUCGUACUUUAUCUGAUCAAGAUCUUUUUACUCAUGUUAAUAAUGAUUUAGGACAAGAUUCAACAACAAAUAAACCAAUGUCAUAUUCUCAUUUUAAUUUUGAACAAUCAUUAAAACCACAAUUAACAAAAGGAAAUUCUCUUAUUAGUUUAAGUUCUGAAAGUGUUGAUGUACCAAUAAAUACAAAUGACAUGACAACUGGCGGCGGCGGUGGUGCAGCAAAUCGUAAAGUUCAUACAACAUCACCACCAAAUGACUCUUCAGUUGAACCAUCAACAUUCUUUUCAAAUAAUAAUGUUAAAAAUAAAGCUAAACUAAGAAAACAAACACAAGAUAUUGCUGCAAGAGCAGCACAAAGAAGAGCUAAUCUUCAUCAUAAAGAAUUAAUGGAAGAUAUAGGUUCAGCAUUUUCUAAUGAACCUACUGCAUCGAAAGAAAAUACUGCUAGUGCAUUUGGUCUUGAAAUAACCGGUGUUAAACCAAAGAAAACGGUAACAAUCAAUGAUCCAGUAAUGUCUCGAAGUCGACCAAAUGAUUUUCAUCGUACAAAUUCAUUUUCUCCUGAACCUAUAUUUAAUGAUCCAUUUUAUUCAACAACAAAUAAUCGUGCAACAAAAAAUCAUCAAAAAAAACGAUCAAUUUCUCAUGGUUCAACAGUAAAUAAUCGUUCAAAUAUGCCAAUUGCUAAUGUAGUCGUACCACGCGAACAUUUUUAA